UUAUUAGUCCUGGCAUUCUUUUUCUUUUUUGUUUGGUUUGGUUUAACCUUCUUCAAUUUCAAUCACCACAACGCCUUCUACUUUUCUACGCCCCAUUGGUGUUCAUCCAUAAUGAGAGUAGUUCAAACCUUUGUUAAUUUAUUUUUCCUCGCAGGAGCCACCUUACUUUUAAUUUUCACUGUUCUUUCAGGAUCAUCGAAACAUUUUCCAUUGAACCGUUUCUACUGGAUUCGUGCUGAUACUAGUAAUAUCAGAGGAGCUCCAAAUGAAGCUACAUGGACAUUUUGGGGGGUUUGUGAAUACCAUGAUUUUUCCAAAUGUACUUUAGGACCAGCCUACCCAGUUUCCCCAGUUGAUAAUUUCAACACUGAAAGAAAUGUUCCUCAUGAUUUUAUUAGUAAAAGAGAUACUUUCUAUUACUUGACCAGAUUCUCCUUUGCUUUCACCAUUGUUGCCCUUUGUUUCACUGGGGUGGCAUUAAUCAUUGAUAUUUUAGGAUUAUGUUUCACUAUUAUUGACCGGGUUGUUAUUGCAUUUGUUUCUUUUGCUUUAUUCUUUUUAGCUGGUACUGCUGCUUUACAAACUGCCGGGUUGGUUUUAGCUAAAAACGCCUUCAACGACGAUAACUUAUCUGCCCAUAUUGGGGUUAAAUUAAUGGCCAUUGUAUGGACUGCAGUGGUUUGUCUUAUAAUUGUUUGGUUAAAUACUUGUUUUGCUAAUAUUGCCACUAGUUAUAGAAAACACAUGGCUAGAGUUCAAGCUAGCAAGCAGCAAGAGGCCGGCUAUGCUCCUCCUCCUCCAGACGCAACCACCGGUGCUAAUGGCCCAGUGGGUGAUGAAAGCUCCUUCACUAGAUCCGCUCCGGCUGAAAAAGAUGUAGAUGACGAUAAUACUGGUAGUGGUGGUAUUAGAUUUUUCAAAAUUAAAAGAAAUCACAAAGCUUCUGAUGAAGAAUCAGUUUAAGCUCAUACCCUUUCUUCUAUUUCUAAGUCUCUGUAUUAUAUAAUUAAUAUCUUUAAUCACUAAUGUUCCUAAACCCUUAAUAAAUUUAUUCUUUUGCAAC